GCUGAAGUGAUGUUGUCCUCAGAAGACAUCGAGAGCUAUGGAGCUGCUUCCUGUCGUGUGUCUCUGUCUCCUGACUCGGUGUGGAAUCACGUCUGCUGAUGCAAACGCAGUCGUCAAAGUGGAAGAAGACAGAGAUGUUAUUUUACCCUGUUCCCUCAGCACCAAGGAGAACAUUGAGUCAUAUCUGUUUGACUGGAGGAAAGCUGCUCAGAAAGAUGGAAAAAAGAAGGAGGUGUUCUAUUAUAAUGCAGGCGACCAUUACAACAACGGGUACCCAGGUCAGAGUGAGGAGUUCAAAGGUCGAGUCUUUCAUUUUCAAGAAGAACUGAAACACGGCAACGCCUCCAUCAUCAUCCGAAAUACGAAGAUGACCGACAGUGGAGACUACACCUGUGUUUUUCCACGUCUUCAGCCACGUCAAACGUUCCACAUUAAGCUUGUUGUUGGUGCAGCUCCAAAACCAAACAUUAGAACACUUGAUCAAACAGACAACAGGGCGCUGCUGCAGUGUGAAGCUAAUGGUAAUCCACAACCUGAAGUAGAGUGGAGGGACAGUGCUGGAAACAAACUUCCUGCUGAGGAGCCACAGGUCACAGAGAGAGACGGACGUUUCUACGUCACUCUCAACACAACUGUGACCAAGACUGACCGCUAUCGCUGUGUGGCCACACAGAAGACAAUCAGCCAUCAGAUUUAUACUGAGACCUUCCUGCGUAUGACUGGUCAGUGA